AUGCUCAGCAUAAUCUCAUACAUUUUUCAGCCCGCGAUCGAUGCUCUGUUCGGACCAAACAUCGCGUUUGACUACCGUUGGCGUCUGCUUUUACUGCAGCCUCUCACCUUGAUAACGUAUUCCAUCAUCAGAAUACCAUAUCUGUUCUCAGCUCCCUUCACCACCGUCUACAUCCCUAUCAGGACCGGUCAGAAGCUGCGCGCUCUCGUUUAUCUGCCCAGGCGACGUAGGGAGGGCCAAUUGUCCCCCUUGCACAUCUCUUUCCACUCCGGCGGCUUCAUAGGAGGCUUCCCAGAAGUCCAGUCCGGUUUCAACAAGCUCUUGCCCGAGCUAACAGGGGCUGUGGUGAUUGCGCCUCACUACCGGGUUGCCCCGAGACACGUAUUCCCAGCUGCAAUCGACGAUGCGGACGACAUCGUCGAAUUCUGCCUGAACCAUGCCGAGGAGUUAUGGGGCGCGGACCCAAAGCUGUUGACCGUCGAUGGCUUCUCCGCUGGAUGCAACCUCGCUUUGGCGAUAUGCCAGCAGGACAGAUGCCACCCACCUGCCGAAACGGCUGUGAAGGCCAGUGUCACUUUCUACGCGCCCGUUGACCUUCGUCUCAAGCCCGUCGACAAGCCGCGGCCAGACAACUUCCCCAAAAGGGAUCCAAUGGCAGUCUUUCUGCCACUGUACGAUGCGUACGCAGGUCCAGUCAGAGCCGAGAACAUGGAGAACCCGCGCUUGUCUCCCAUUCUCUCGGAUGUUGGACGCUUGCCCGAGCGCAUGCUGCUCAUUGUUCCGGCGAUCGACAUUCUGGUGCAUGAGCAACUGACCUUCGUUGAGAGGGUGCAGAGGGAGCUUGUCGAGAAUGGCCUCGACAAGCAGGGAAGAAGUUGCGAGGCUCAUGUUGUAGAGGGAGCAUUUCAUGGCUGGCUGGAGCUUCCUUACCUGCCGCGUGCGUUGAAGGAGAAGCGGGACAAGAGCUAUCAAUUGGGCAUUGACAUGCUGCGAGCUACGCAUCAAAAGUAUGGUUGGACUUGGUCGGUUUGA